AUGCAACUGAGGGCGACUGUUUGGUUCACAGUUUCAACGUCAAGCGACCCUCUCGGUACCAUUUGCCCGGCCCAGCCGACUGUGUCGUGUGUGCCCAGGCGCCGGCCAGAUUCGCGCAAGGCAGGCGGACAAGAGCAGGCUCCACUUGGCUCCAGUCACCGGUUCGUCAGUCGUUCUGUCGAAAAGUGA